AUGGCGUCCCCCAAUUCCCUCCCAUCAACAUACAACGAUCUAUACCGACAACCAGCCCGACCGAUGUCCCGAUCCACGGUUUCACGUUCGGGUUCUAGACGGGUAUCUCCCGCAUCAACACAACCAGGCCAUCUACCCAAACAUUACUCUGCAGGCGACAGUUCAGAUGAAGAGGUCCCGGAACCAAAAUUCAGCGCAUCUGUAAAAGCAUUGUUACAUGGUGAUGGAUUAAGUUCUUCGCCGCAUUUGCAAAAUGCUCAAUCUGUGUCGCACGAACGAAUUGCGACAGCUUCAAGACAGAGCCGCUCGCCUCGCAAUUCAUCCCCACACGACUCAUCGAAUGGCAGCCCGGCCCCCCGAGUUGUUCGCAUUGGCGCCAUUUCGUCGGGUUCGAGGUUCUCCCGCGAAGGCUCCCCGCUUUCCAACAGCCAGAGUGCAGAACCCGAGCAUCAUAGCCGCCCGAAUGAUUUUAUUACUCCUGCCCCUCGACAGCGCAGUGUUCGUAUCAAUGUAUCGCGCAGUAACUCAAACUCUCCUGCCUCUGGUUCGCCUUCCGGAAGGGGUUCGGCAGAACGUAACUCGGCCGACGAGUAUGGAAGUGCAGAACGCUCUGGCAGUGAUCGCAAGUCACAGUAUGAUGAUGACCCGGCUUCAAGAUAUAUCCCUUCUUCAGCGCUUCGGGGCCGCGGUGGCGAGGAAAUUGCGCCUCACAGCUCUCUGCGCGUCAAGAGGGUCGGUCGACUUGCUGGCAGCUUCUUGAAUGGGCCCGCCCGGAGGGGCGUAUUACGACGACAGAGCGAGGAGAGUAACGAAGAGAACAACCGAUAUCUCUCGGCUGACGGUGUGCGGGAGGAUGUGGAAGGAGAAGAGAAAUCCGAAUAUCAAUAUCGCAAACCCGAAAAGCCUUCAUCGCCCAAGGUAUCAUGGGCAGACCCCAGCCCGCCUCUCUCGCGGGAAUCACAUCGCUCGGAGUAUCCUUUUCGUCCUGCCGAGGUUGAGGGUCCAUUUUCAAGGUCAUCUUCACCAAAGUCCUACGGCUCAAAGUCAACACCCGCUUCGUCAGAAAUGUCAUCCAAAUCUUCGAUAGCGAAAGAGCAGCCGGUCUUCAAGGUCUCUUCUGUGCCGAAUUUGCCAUCGGUGCGUGAUCAGGAGAAUGAACCACCGCCAACCUUCCGGCGCAACAAGCCUCAGGGAUUGAAUAUGUUGGAUAAACCUGAAAAUUACAACGCUGUUGAUAAAAAAGAUGCAGCAGAGACUCCAUCUGGAACCUCCGCGCGGAAGAUACUGGCCACAAAGAGUAAUAACACUCCUCACAGAGCGGCGCCUCCCCCUCCUAAAAUGUCUGUUCUCGAGACCGCCACUUCGACAGGAGGCGCAUCGACAUCACAAUCACGAAAGAAAAAAUCGCAAGUGUCAAUCAAUGGCAAGCAUUUCACACGCCUUGACUGUAUCGGUCGAGGUGGCAGCUCUCGUGUUUACCGAGUUAUGGCUGAGAACUAUAAGAUUUUUGCCCUCAAACGCGUGAACCUGGAAGAUGUCGAUCCACUAACCCUUACCGGAUACAAAGGUGAAAUCGACCUGCUGAAGAAACUGGAGAAUGUCGAUCGUGUGGUCCGCUUAUUUGAUUGGGAACUCAAUAAUGACAAACAUGCUUUGAGUGUGCUUAUGGAAAUUGGAGAGUCUGAUCUCGAGAAAAUUCUUACGUUUCGCCUCAACGCCGAAGAUGCUCUUUUCGAUAUCAACUUCACUCGUUUCUACUGGAAGGAGAUGCUCGAGUGUGUUCAAGCAGUUCACCAAUACAACAUCGUCCAUUCUGAUCUGAAACCGGCGAAUUUCCUUAUGGUUCAAGGCCGAUUGAAGCUCAUCGACUUUGGUAUCGCCAAUGCGAUCCAGGACAACACUGUCAACGUUCACCGCGAACAACAAGUCGGAACCCCCAACUAUAUGUCCCCCGAAGCUCUGGUCGAUUCAAAUGUCUCCCUCGGACUGCCAGCGAGUGUUGGAAAAGUGAUGAAAUUAGGAAAACCUAGCGAUGUUUGGAGUUUAGGUUGCAUUCUGUAUAAGAUGGUCUACGGACAACCUCCAUUCGCCAAGAUCGCCAAAUAUUACGAGCGCAUUAUGGCUAUCCCCAACCCCCGUGUACAAAUCGAGUUCCCGGCCUUCGGCGUUGGAGGCGUUCCAGUGCCGCCUGGCCUCGUCCGGACCCUGAAGCGUUGCCUGCAGCGUGAUCAGACUCUCCGACCCACGAUAGAAGAAAUGCUUGGCCCUCGUGACCCUUUUUUGCACCCCGAUGCUCAACUUGAAGGUGCUGUCCCAGUCACUCAGGAUAUGCUUGGUCGUAUCCUGGCCAACGUCGUCAACCAUUGCAAGGUUCGCGGUGUACCCAAAGAAGAAGAGCUGGCUGCAUGGCCCGCCGGCUUCUUUGCAAAGAUAAAAGCAGCCCUCGAAGAAGAAAACGCAUAA